CGAUAAUUCCAAGUCCAGAAUGGAUGUCCUCUUUGUAGCCAUCCUUGCGGUGCCACUUAUCUUGGGACAAGAAUAUGAAGAUGAAGAAGGACUGGAAGAGAUUGAGUAUUAUCAGGUGAUCUAUUAUUACACAGUCACUCCUAAUUAUGAUGACUUUGGUGCAAAUUUUACCAUUGACUACUCUAUGUUUGAGUCGGAGGACAAGUUGGAUAGGUUGGAUAAAGAGGUAACAACACAAACAGCAGAGACGACCAUUAGUCUUGAAACAGAACAAGCCAACUACCAGAAGCCUGUCACCACAAAACCAAUAACAACAGAACCACAGAGUCCAGACUUGAAUGAUGCUGUAUCUAGUCUGCAGAGUCCUGUUUCCUUUCUCCUGGCCUGGGCCCUCCUACAGGGGGGGAUGUAUUUCAUGUAGAAGUCCCCAGGUGAGAAAAAGCUGCUUUGACUCUUUGGAUGAAGCUUUAGCAAGAAGUUGGAAAAGAAUUUUUUUU